AUGCGGCGCGCGCCCCACGGGAUGCCGCGCGCGCUGCUGUGGUUGGCAACCGCCCUGCUGUACGUGGCAGCGCCGGUGGCUGGGCAGGACGCGGCGGCGGAUGCGGGCGUCAUGGGGGACUCGGAUCUGCUGCCAUGGGAGUUUCACAAGCGCGACGGCAGCUUCCGCUGGGAGGGCCUGCAUAACGACCUGCCAUCCCUCCUGAAGGCACAGGCCAUCAACAACGCCAUCGCCCUGGUCGUGUUCAACCAUGGCUUUGCGCCCAUCGCGCUCAACUGCAUCGUGUCGCUGGUGCGGUUUGGCAAGGCGCACAAUUAUAUUGUGGCCGCCGUGGGGGACGCGAGCGUCGCGCACUGCACUGAGCUGCGGCUGCCGUGCUACAACGCGACGCGGGUGGUGAAGCACAAGGAUUUCAAAAUGGAGCACUCAACAGAGGGCGACGCGGGGCGCAACACGCAGGAGUGGUUCAACCUGGUGUGGGCCAAGACCCUGGUCACCGACGCGAUCUUCGAGCAGGGCUACGACGUGCUGUUCUUUGACGCCGACAUUGUGUUCCUGAAGGAGGCCUUCCCAAACUACAACCGCUUCCUGGACGAAUACAACGCGGACGGCACGUUCAUGACGGAGGCGCGCAUCAAGAAUAACAGCGACGGCACCACCUCCGUGAGCAAGUAUCUCAACAGCGGCAACUUCUUCAUACGCAACAACUUCCGCACGCGGGAGAUGAUGACAGAGUGGAUCGUGGGUUACUUCCAGCAGGGCAACAAGAACGGCAACCAGCUGUGGCUCAAUUGGAUGAAGCACCACCCAGGCAGCCCCUACGACACCUGCGAGACGCGGGAAGAGUGCACCGCCCUCAAGAACAAGGGCAUCGCAGCCAUCAAGCCGCACCCCAGCCAGUUCGACGGGCGCGCGCAGAUGUGCCUGCCGGACGGCUUCAAAGACAUCUGCGACGACCGCCGCGCCUACGUGCACGCGGUCUGCCUGUCGGGCGGUCAUGCCAAGCGGCGCGCGUUGGAGAAGCUGGGGCUGUGGUUCAUACACGUCUACUCGAUGCCCGACGACAUCAGCGUCAGGGUGCCUGCGGCGAGCGGCCUGCCCUGCGCCAGCCAGGGGGCGUGGCGGUCGACGACCGACGGCCUGUAG